AGUAAAAACACUCAAAUCAAUCAUAGUCUCAUGCGGAUACUUUGACACAAACUAUAUUAAUUGAUUAGGAAACAUAUAUGAGGACACAACUGCAAAUGGAGCAGAGACGAAUUAUGCCUGAAUGGAAGGUUGUGGGCAGCAGUGCAUUCUCAAUACUUGGGAUGUCAUUUUGAUGUUUCGGGAAAGGAGGGAAAGUGGAAAGUCCGAACAGAACGAGUGAAAAAGCGGUAGAAAUUAAGAAGAUGAGAGAAGAUGGAAUAGAAAUGUGAAGAGUAUAAAGAAAACUGAUGUGCAUGGAGGUGGGGAGACACGAGAGGAAAACUGAGUGACCUUGGGAAGACAGCUGGCAGCCUUCAUACACGUAGAUGAGUCAGCUUCUGUACAAUUAAGGUUUUGAACUGUUGUGCAUUGUGUGUGUGUGUGUGUGUGUUAACAACGGACCAUGAAUUGCAUCAUUCAACUCACGACUGUCCUAAAGUUGAUGCCUAGCCAUUAUGUACAAGUCACCCACGGAGUUUCGUUGGUAAUAACACGUGACCAUGUAAUGCACUCUUGUGUAGCUUUAUACUGUAGGCGGCGGUAGAGCGACAUGGGCUCUGUUAGAACAUUGUUUGACGACAAGGUUCUUGCUUUUUCUUUGACUACUACAGAGAGGUAGAAUCGAAACAACAUAAAAAAAACACACCAGUGUUUGUAGUAUUCCUCAUAAUGUGUAUAGGAUUUUAUGGCAGUGAUGUCUUACGAAUCGGAUACAUGUUUGCUGGACCGAUGGACUGAAGAAAAUAACGCUAUCGUAAACAAAUGGAAGCAACACAAUGACAAAGGAGAUUGUGUUGAACAGGGCUCGCGACUACUAAAAUCGUGCUAUGAGGCGAGUCUUCAACUACUGCAGAUGAUACAAGGUGUGCCUGCGGUACAUGACCGUGUCCAGCUGGAGUUGGCAGUGGUGUAUAAUUUCUGUAUGUUCUCCUUCAGUCAAACACAACUCACUGAGGCAGAGAUUCUCCUCACACAUAGCCUGGAGAGAGCCCUGGGGGCUGAAGGUUGUGAUGGACCACCUCCCUCCAACCCCCCAGUGUUCUGGCGUGUGGUUCUGGAGUCCCUGGGUCCAAUGUCCUCCCUGUGCUCUUCCCUUCUGCAGCUGCUCUGUGUGCAGUGGGCCUUCUGGCUGUCUACCGUCAGAUUGGGUCACAUACUGGAGCUGCAGGGAGAGCUGCUGUCUCUUUUUGAGGGACUGGGUCUGGAUGAGAGGGAUGACACGAGGAAGGCAGGAGAGGAGGGUCUGGAGACGAGUGCGGUCAGACCCGCAUUAGUUAUACACCCCAGGGAGCUGAAGGACCUUCUGCACAUCUGCACUGUUAUCGCUCAGGGUGCUGAGCUGUUGUGUGAGGGGCGGUGGUCAGAGGCCCUGACCAUUCUUCAGAGAGACCCCUCCCCAUUGACCCCCAGAGACCUGUUCGCCCAGAUACACACUCUCACCGGCCUCUGCCUCAGUAGCAUGGGUCAUCCCCAUAGUGCUUUGCAGUGUUUUAGGAAGGCCCUGGAGACCGAUGUGAGGUGUGUAUCUGCACUGCAGCAGAGUGUCCUGGUUUACCGGCAGCUGGGAAACACACAAGCAGAGAUCCAGGCUCUACGGCUACUACACUCAGUUUUGAUGCUACCACCUGCCUCCCAGCCUACUGUUGCCUCAGGCCCUCUCAUUGCUCCUGCCAUUCUGCUUCCCGGCCAAUCCCUGUCCAGUCUGCUGUCAGUCCCCUCUGCCCUCAGCGUGCUACACUGUCUGGCUCAGAAGUGUGUCCUCCAUGGAAGUGUGUCAGAGGGAGUAGAGCACUACCUGGACCUCCUGGCUGCUCUUCAGUCAGACCAGCAGAUGUCUCAAGUGCUCUCUGAGGCCCCUUCCCUGCCCAGGUUACCUGAGCUCUACCUGGAGACGGGCUCCUCCCUGCUGAUGGCCCAGCGGCCUGACGACUGCCUGGUGCUCUGUGAUGAGGUCAUCAGUAAGACUGUAGAUCUGCUCCCAGAGAGGCUACGGCUAGAGGAGCCGUUGGAGGAUCCCAUGGAGGAAUCUGGGCAUGACUCUGCAGACCGCCUGGGGUUAGUGCUGUGGUGUGGGGCUGCAUACCUCCUCCAGGCCCACUGCUACUCCCACCUCAAGGACUGGAAGCAGGCUGUCACCCUCUACACCCGGUGCAUCAGCCUUCUGAUGAAGGUGUGUGUUGUACAGACAGCAGGCUGUGUGAAGCAGGGGCUAGGGGUCAGGAACCUGCAGAGGCUGAAGGGGCUGGCCCUUGCAGGCAGAGGAAUAAGCUUCAUUCACAGAGACCAGAAUAGGGAAGCCCUGAGAGACCUACAGCUCAGUCUGCAGGCUGCAUCAGGGUGUGCUAGUGCUGGGCUGUGGCUGACCGAGGUGCUGUGGAGACUGGGGAGGAGACGGGAGGCUGUAGCCUGCUGGGAGGAGAACCAGAGUUCCAGCUCUCCUCCCUUGUUACAAGAUGCUCCUUUGUACCUGCUGGACCCACAGACUGGCCCCUCCCUUGACCCAGCAGACCUCCGAGGUAGAAUGGAGGAGUUUACCAAAACUCAGCAGCACCAGGGUCUCCCAUUAUAGUACUGUGAAGAAGUGGGGUUUUGACUCUUUACCUCUGAAGGCCAGAUGAGAAUGUGCUCUGUUUUAUGCUAUGUGUCUGUAGUAUAUUCUUUUGGUAUGAUGAAUAUGAUACUGUGGUGCCCCAUUUCUGAAUAUAUUUUUACUGUUCAAACUGAUUGCUUAUUUAGUCAUCAGCAUAAAACUGAUUUAUUUCUACUG